AUGGGUCUGACACCAGUCCACUUUUUCAGCCAUGGCUCAACUAUGAUGUUGGGCGAGGAGUCCACCAGUGCUGAUUACUGGAAGAAGUGCGGUGACGAAGCUUUGGCACAUGGUAUCAAGGGUGUGGUCAUGAUGGGAGCACACUGGGAUGCCCGAGGCGACAAAAUCAUGGUCUCAGCGAAUCCCAAGCCAAACAAGAGCCCAGUAGCAUACGUUCACCCUUCAAAAUAUGUCGACUACGAACUCAACCCGGACUUGCCUACAUCUGAUCGCGUGCUAGACUUGCUGCUCAAGGCAGGUUUCAACGCAGAGAAGGAUGCCACUUUCGACUGGAUUCACGACACAUUCCUGAUUCUGAUCCGAAUGUUCCCCAACGGCUGUCCUCCUACCACAAUCGUCAGCAUGAACGCAUACUACGACCCUCACUACCACAUGAAAGUCGGCUCAACAUUGCGAUCGCUGAGAAAGGAAGGCUACCUGAUCGUUGGCACAGGAGGUGCCGUCCACAACCUCUACCGCAAUGUUUGGUGGCCUAUGGUCCAGCACAGAGACAACUUUGCUCAAGUUGCCCCGCCAGAGAAGUCUCUCUUGGAGUUCAGGCAGGCCGUCGAAGAUGUCAUGACACAAAAUCAAGGCCCUGCUCUGCGUAGAGCCAUGACACGCUUGAUGAAGCACUAUCACUACCGUGACGCCCACGGCACAGAUGAUCACUUUAUGGCAGCAUGUUUCUGUGCCGGUGCUGCAGGUGAUUGGGAAGAUUUGGAAGAGCAAGGCGGUGUUUUGGGUGCAGAGACAUGGGAACUUCAGAACAUGUGUAAUUCACAGUUCACAAUCGGAAAUUGGCAAGGAAGCAGGGCCAUACGUGCUGCUGCUUGA